AUUGUUUUUAUUGUAUCGCUUGUCUUUUUUAAAUAGCAGGUAGAGAAGGAGAACAGGAGGCCAUGGAGGCAGACAGCACAGAGGACAUCGAGUCUCUCAUGGAGGACAUGGAUUACAUACCCGGCCACUUUCACCUGGAACUCAACCUCAACUGUGAACCUGUCGGGCCUGUGAAGCUAAGAUUCAGGGACACUUAUCUUAAACAAGAGAGCCUGCGAGGCGAGCUUGAGGCUGAAGUGGGACACCUACAGUACGCUGUCCGAAAUCUGCUGGGUUUUCUGGCUUUUCACCUGGAACACUUGGACACAGCUGAGGAAAUAUUCAGAAGUAUUUGUAAAGAAGACCCUGGUAACCUCAAUGCCUGGGCCAACCUGGGCUACGUGUACGACAAGCUGGAGAGAGAGCUGGAUGCAGGGGAGUGUGUGGAUAAAGUGUCCCACCUCAUGGGGUUAGACGCUGGAGAGGCCUUUCAGGAUGAGGCCAGGCUUCUGGCGGCUCGCUGCCUGGCUGAGCAAGCUUACGUGCAUCCUUACGACGUGGAGCUGGACGGUGAGGACGACCUCAGAGACAGACUGACGGCAGCAUUGACACUUUACAACAGAGCCCUGGUCUAUGGGGGUCAGCUGAUACAAAUAGAGGAAAAACGAAGCUGGUAUUUAAAAAUGGCGACCAUCUAUAUAAGACUGGACACCAUAGUAAAGACCAAAGCAGACUCUGAAUACUCCAGACUUCCUCUCUACAAUAAGGGACUGAAGCUUCUCAAAGAAGCACUAGCAUUGGAGAAAACACAACACAAAGCUCUCACCUGGUGUUGCGUUGGUAUCAUGUUGGAGAGGAAGGAAGAGUUCACCACAGUGCCCAUGUCUAUACAUGACUGUGGCUACUCAGCUACUGAUCCUCUGUCCUGCUAUGGAACUGCCAUAAAGUUGGCCAAUGGUGAUGCAUUCACCCUGAACCUUCUGGCAAAGAUCUUCUUUCUGUUGGACAAACAUGAGAUGGCAACAGGGAUCUGCAACAUGGCCCUAAACGUGCUUCCAGACCCAGAGCUCAACUGGCAGGCCUACUGCACCCGUGCCAAGAUCAAUAUGAUGCUCUACGUCAGGGACUUGGAGAAGGUAAAAUGUGGGCAAGGUGGAAUUCCAGACCGACAGAAACUAACUGAGGCCAGAAAAGACUUGGACAAGGUCCUGACUGUACGUCAAUGUGUGUGGACUCACCUGGAGAUGGCACAGGUGCACUACUACAUGGGCGUAGAUGCACUCCAGGAGAGUCUUUUGGUGGAUGAGGGGGCAGUGGACAGUGCAUUGGUGAGUCUGUCCCAUGCCCUACAGUUUGAGAUGGGCGACAGCCUGCCAGACCUGCACGUGAUGAGAGGGCGCUGCCUCCUGCUGAAGGGUGAGGAGCAGAACGCUGCAGACUGCUUCAAACGGGCAGUGGAGUUAGAGAGACCAGGCAGCACAGACACCACAGCUCUGCGCUGCCUCCUAGAGGCCCUCUUGACUUUGUUCACGCAGGGAGCCCCUCAACCGAGCCUCGCAAUCACCCAACUGGAGCUGUGGGUGCAAAAGGCAGAGGAGAGGUACCCUGAGGACAUUGUGAAGUCCAUGCUGAGGCGCCUUUACAGGACUCGCACAGCAGAGGUCACAGAGUUAUCCAGGGCUCUCAUCAGGACAGGCAGACUGGACAUAGUGAGGAGGAUACUGGAAACGGUGGUGCCCAAACAACUGGUUAAGAAGAGACCAAAGGCUUUACAUGAAGCAAAUAUGUGACCUGACCAGAUCAAACACGCAGAAAUUAAUGAACUUCUUGACAGCCUUUCACAGAUAAGCUUGAACAGCAGCGGUGCAUUUUAAUUAAACUCUCUUUACUAUAAGUGUGUAUUAUAGAAUAACCCACAGUUACAGUGUUACAGCACAGGGGGAUAUUCCUUUUAAGCUUGCUUUACACUGGAAAAUAUGUUAAAACAUUUGAGUUUUUUUACAAAAUGCCCUGUUUGCCCUUCCACAGUGGCUGUAUAAAUGACAGAUUAGUAGUUUCCAACACAAGUUGUCUUAAUGCUGCUUAGUAAUAUGUAAAUCAUGUCACACUACCUCUUAUCGAGUGGGAUAUUUCAAUGUUCUAUACUAAUGACCAGCAGAUAAAGGUGUAAACCAUUAAGAUGCCUGGUUAAUAAAAUGUUCUGUUUGUGACAAUGAAUAAAA